AUGGAUGAACUUUAUCAAUCAGAAAUUAGACAGAGAUAUUAUUCUUCUAUGACAUAUUAGGAAUAUUUAGAUACUCAUGAUUAACCACCUCCUACACCUAAAAUAAAGGCUAAAUAAUCGCAGUAAAUAGUUGAACCUCUAACCCUUGAACCACAUAAGGGACCUAAAAUUUAGUAGCAAAAAUUAGCGAUAUAUACACCAGAUGAAGUCAUACUGGAAGAAUCAGAAAAUGAUGAAAAGCAACGAUCAAAUUAAAAUCAAAGAGUCCCAUGUUAAAAAGCUUUAAUUGAACAUGAUAUAAGAAUGCGUAGCUAAAGCGAAAAUUUAAACUUUUCUGUAUUUAGAUUCCUUUAAUAAAAGAAAAAAGCAUGA